AUGUUUCUUGAAUUAUAUUUUUACCUGAUAUUAUGUUGUUAUAUAUCAUUUAAUAGUAGUUUACAAGUUAAUAAAACUAAUCAAUAUUUUUUAAACAGUUCAUAUAAUAAAAAGGGCAGUACUAAGCCCUCCAGAAGAAAAAAAAAUUUGUUUAUAAACGAUCUGUUUUUAGGUGAACGCGUAAAAACAAAAAAACGCACCUUUAAAUAUUGUCAACAAUGUAAACAUAAGAAAAAUGUAGAAUGGGGUAAGGAUUAUAUGUGUGAUGAGGAAAAGAAGAAGAAAAAAAAAAGUGGAAAAAAUAAAAAAAAUGAUAUAUAUGAUUUGGAUGAAGAUGAGGAAGGUAUUAAAUCGAAACGUUAUUAUGAUGAUUAUCAUGUAGAAAAUGAGAAUGAUAUAGAAUAUGAUACAAAUGAAGAUGAAUAUGAUGAAGAAGCCGAAGAAGAUGAAUAUGAAGAAGACGAAUAUGAUGAUGAAGAAGAAGAAGAUGAAUACGAUGAAAAAAAUGAUGAAGAAUAUGAUGAAGAAUAUGAUGAAGAAUAUGAUGACGAAAAUGAUGAAGAAUAUGAUAAAGAAUCAGAUGAAGAAGACGUGGAUGAACACUUAAAAGAACGUUUAAUGAAAAAGAAAUUAUUUUACUCCAAACUGUUUAAUAUUGAUGAAAAUGAGAACGAAUUUAAUGUUUUGUCACCAAAAUAUAAUAUGAAUAUUUAUAAUAUUUUAGAAAAAAAAUAUGAUCAGAAUGAAGAGAAUCAAAUUGUUUUAACAAUUAAGAAUUUAAAUUAUGAAAUAAAUAAUAGAAAAUUAAUUACUAAUUUAAAUUUACAAUUAAAUAAAACUGAAUGUAUUGGUUUGAUUGGAAAUAAUGGAUGUGGGAAAACGACUUUGUUGAAUUUAAUUUAUGAAAAUUCUGAUAAUAAAUCAAAGAAUUUUAUAUUAAAUAAUAAAAUAAAAAAGAAGGAAGAUGCAUUAUCUGUUAAUAAAUUUAAUUUGAAUACAUUAUCUUCGUUUGUUAAAAAAAAUGAUUUUAGUUUAUUAUAUAAAAUAUUAUCAUAUAUGAAAAAUAAUUCCAUAGAAUUAAGUAAUUUACCAACUUUGAUUGAAAAUAAAAGUGUUCAUCAUAAUAUUUUGCAAGAACAAAAUAAAGAUAAAAACAAUAAUAGUAAAAAUAAUAUUUACAAUAAUAAUAAUAAUAAUGAGUUGUUUUACAAAAAUGAAGUUUUUUAUUUUAAACAAAACAUACAUCUUCUUGAAAAUAAUAAUUUAACUAUUUUUGAAAAGGUCUUGAAGUUUUAUGAUAACACUUUGGAAAAGUAUGAAAUAUUAAAUUAUAUAGAAGAUAAUUUUGGUAAGUAUGAAAAAUAUGAUACUAUAAAAAAAUAUGGAUUGAAAGAUAACCAAAGAAAAGAUCAAACAGAAAAAAGAAAUCAUGAUAUUAUAAAAGAAGAUAUAAAAAAUGAUAAUAACGAUAUUUUUAUUACAGAACAAAAUAAGAAUGAUGAAAAAUUAUUACAAAAAAGUUCUAUUUCAAGUAGUAACCAAUUUAAUAAUGUCAAUACAUAUGAUGCAUCCAAUGUAUUAAAAAAAAAGAAUGAAGAAGAUUUUUUAAAAUCAGAAUAUUUUAAAUUAAUUUUAAAAUUAUAUAUGCACGAUAAAGAAAACAUUUAUAAAGAAAUUAAUAAUAUAAAAAUGAAUUUUAAUAAAUAUGUAAAUAUAUUAAAUUUAAAAAAUUUUUUGAAUGUGAAAUUAUGUCAUCUAAGUAAUGGUUAUAUUAUUCGUGUUUAUUUGUUAUUACUACUUUUAAGUGAAUCUAAAUUAUUAUUAAUUGAUGAAAUAAAUAAUAAUCUUGAUAUAUUCAAUAUAUUCUUUAUAAUGAAUAUAUUUAAAUAUUCUUUAAAAUAUAAAAAACUUGCAAUCAUAUUAGCUACACAUGAUUUUUUUUUAGUAAGCAAAUUAUGUAAUAGAAUUUUAGACUUUAAUAAAAUUUCAGGAUAUGAUAUAGAUCUUAAUAAUUUGUCUCUAUUAAAAAAAAUCAAUAAACAUAAUAAUCACAAUGAUGAGGAUUAUGAUAUUUAUAUGGAUGAUAUGACUAACAAUAAAACAAAUGAUAAAAAAUCUAAUUUAACCUAUUUUAAAGGAAAUUACACCGAUUAUUUGAAUAAUAUGAAAAUAUUAUUUGAAAAUAGAAAAAAGAAAAAAGAAGAACUGAAAAAAAUAUUAGAUCAAAUAAAUUCUGUAAUAUCAAAAAGUAAAAAGAAAAAGAAAAAUGACUUCAUACAACCAUUUGUAAAAAAAAAAGAAGAAGAAUUAAAGUUGUAUCAAAAUAUUAAUUCUAUUUUGUUUGAUACAAAAUUAGAUUAUCAAUAUUUGUAUUACAAUUUAAUCUAUAGUAAUAAAAAAAAUGCUGACACAAAAGCAAAAGGAAAAGAAAAGGAAAAGGAAAAGGAAAAAGAAAAAGUAAUGGCAACAAAUCCUACUUUUACAAACGAACACAAGAAAAAUGGGGAUAAUGUUAAAGGGGAUGUAAUAAAUGAGAAGGUGGAUUAUGAGAGUAAUGUGUGUGAUACAAAUGAAGGUGUAGAAAAGGAAGAAAAUAAAGAAAAACAAAAAAGACAGCAUCAAGAACAAGAACAACAAGAAGAACAACAAAAACAUGAACAACAUGAACAACAUGAACAAGAGGUAGAUAACAAUUAUGACAAUGAUGAGGAUAUAAAAAAAUUCAUAUAUAAUAAAUUUAACGAUGUUGAAGGCAAUAUGAAUAAGAAUAUCCUUAUCGAUAUGAGCAAGAAAAUAAAGAACAAUGAACUUAUUGAGACAGGAGAAAAAUAUGGAACAAAUAAUAUGCCAUUAUAUGAAUUUGAGAAUUUUUCUUUUUAUUUUUUAAAUAAAAAUAAUAAAAAAAAAUAUAUAUUUAAAAACAUGAACUUAAACAUUAAUAGUGGGGAAAAUGUGUUAUUACUUGGGAAGAAUGGAAUUGGCAAAUCAACACUUUUUAAAAUAUUAACUAAUAAAUAUAAUUUUGUAUUAAAAGAAAAGGAAAAUAAGUUAAAAGAAAAAAAAAGUAUUUAUGUAUAUGGUGAUAAUGAUGAUAUGAUGGAUACAAAUCUUUCGAACAUAAUAAAUGACGAAAAUAUUGAAAAUAGAAAAAAGAAUUAUAAUUUUGAAGGUACAAUUAAUUGUAAUUUUAAAAAUGUUUUGUUAACAUACUUUGAACAAAAUAUGAUAAAAAAAUUAAAUGCUGAAAUUAAUGAUUAUUUUAAAAAUUUAAUUGAAAAGGUAAAUUAUGAACCUAUUAAUUUUUAUAAUAAUUAUAAUAAUAAUAAUGAUGAUGAUAUUAUAUCCAAUGAAAAUUUUUGUUUUUAUAUAUUAAAUAAAACCAAAUUAUUUUAUAAUGAAAAAAUAGAUAAUAUUGAAGAGAAAAUAAAUAAAUUAUUAAAAAUUUUUUUUAUUGAUAGUAAUACAUCUAUUAAAGAUAAAAGUGGAGGUGAAAAAGUCCGUAUAUUAUUUCUUUCUUUAUUUUUAAAAAAAUCAAAUUUAUUAUUAUUAGAUGAAAUAAAUAAUAAUCUUGAUAUUUAUUUAAAAAAUUUAUUAUUAAAUUUUCUUAAUUAUAUUUAUCAAGGUAGUUAUAUAUUAACUACACAUGAUUUCUAUAUAAUAAAAAAUCUAAAUAAUAUUCAUAAAAUUAUUUAUAUAUUUGAUUAUCAAAAUAUUUUCACAUUUUAUAAUGUUCAAGAUUUUAUUCAAAACUUUUAUAAUUUCAUUCUUAAUUCUUUUAAUUUGUGUAAUGCUGAAUUAAAGGAUCAUGAAUAUAUACAAAAAAAAAGAGAUAAAGUUAGAUUACAUAAUUAUUCAAAUUAUGUUAAUUCGCAAAACAUUUUACACUCUAAUAAUGUUCUACAAAAUAAUAUUCAUCUAUCAUCUCCUUAUGAUACCAACAAAAAUGAUCUCAUAAAUAACCAAUUAAAUAUAGACCAAUUAAAUAAUAGUGCGAAUUAUCAAAAAUAUCUAUAUGAUAAUUAUGAUUAUGAAAUUUUACAAUUUUUAAAAAAACAGUUUGAAAAAGAUAAUAAUGAAAGAAAAAAUUAUGAACAAAUAAAUAUACAAGAAGAAAUUUUUCAAAAAAAAAAAAUUAAUAAAAAAAAUUUUGGAGGUAAAGGAACCUCAGGAAAAAUUAAAAUUAAAAAUUGGAAAAGAUGGAAGAAAUAA